AGCCGGCGCCCUCUGCUGGUGAUUCUGGAAACUCCGAUUGUAACAGACAACCGGAUCAUCCUGCAGGCGGGACCCCCCGGAGACCGCUGGUGACGGUGCAGAGACCCGAGACGUUCUCCCAGCAGUUUGUCCGUCCCCAGCAGCUGCUGGAGGGGAAGGAUGCGGAGGCCAUCUAUCAGUGGCUCAGUGACUUCCAGCUGGAGCAGUACACCGGGAACUUCGUUGCCGCCGGUUACGAUGUCCCAACCGUCAGCAGGAUGACUCCCGAGGACCUGACCGCCAUCGGGGUGACCAAACCGGGCCACCGUAAGAAGAUCUCCAUGGAGAUCAACAAGCUGAACAUCCCUGAUUGGUUGCCGGAGUACAUCCCCUCGGAUCUCGGUGAGUGGCUCAGCGCCAUCGGCCUCCUGCAGUACCACAAGAAACUCUCUGAGAACGGCUACGACUCCAUCAGCAUCGUCAGAGACCUGACGUGGGAAGACCUGCAGGAGAUCGGCAUCACCAAGCUGGGCCACCAGAAGAAGCUGAUGCUGGCGGUGAGGAAGCUGUGUGACAUCCAGCGAGCGGCGCUCCACGCUGAGUCGGGCCACGGCGGCACGCUCCGGCGCAAAGCCCCCGGAGCCCUGCACCUGGUCGCCAUCGAGCCGCCGGCCGACUCGGCGGGGGGCGAGUGUUCCUCCCCCCGCACCCCGAAGAUGACGACGUUCCAGGACAGCGAGCUGAGCGCCGAGCUGCAGACCGCCAUGUCGGGCCACUACGGCGAGGACGGCCUCGCCAUCAGGACCGCCGCUGGGAAGUCGCAGACCCAGGACAGCUUCGAGACGCGUUCCAGAGGCUCCGGGCGCUCUGGGGAGCCCCCCACGGCGUCCGUCACGCCGCACAGCUGGUCCCAGGAGAGCCUGGACGCCAGCCCGGCCCGGGAGAGGAACCUCCCCGAGGGCUGGGACCAGAGAGCGCCGCCGCCGCCGCACAAGCAGGUUCCUCUGGGCACGGCGACCGUCUUUAAGUACCCUGCGAUCCCAGCAAAACCCAAAGUGUCUGCGCCCGCAGGUGCGUCCCCGGGCUCGUCCCCUCACGGCUCGCCGGCGCUGAAGGGUUUCAGCUACCUGCACGCUAACUGCGGCGCCACCGACCUGCGCGCGUCCCCGCGGCAGGGGAACCGCAGCAUGACCCUGCUGCCGGCGAAGAAGCGCGUGCAGAACGCCACCCGCUACGCUCUGUCGGACGGAGAGCCCGACGAGGACGACGAGGACGAGGAUUCGGCGUUUCAUCGGCGUGGAAACGUGCCGUCCUACGCCACGCUGACGCGCAAACCCGGCCGCGGCCACUUGGCCCGCUUGCACGGGAGCCCGGAGAAGAACGGCGGCGGCGGCGGCGUGGGGCGCAGUCAGUCCUUUGCGGUGCGAGCCCGUAAGAAAGGCCCCCCGCCGCCCCCCCCCAAGAGGCUGAGCUCGGUGAGCAGCACCACCAGCGGCGAGCUGAGCGACAGCAGCACCACGUCGUCUGCCGGCGCCGGCGGCGGCGUCCUGACGGACAGCCCCGGGAGCGUGAGGAGCAUCGCCGCCUCGCUGGAGGGCCUGGCGGAGACAGAGGAGAAGAACCAGCCAGACGGCGUCCAGCAGGAGGCGCCGCCGUCGUCGUCCGUUAACGCUGCGGGACAGGAGGCUGCGGCGAGGAGGCGGGCACAGAGCGAGUGUAUCAUCACCACGACCGCCCGCGGCCCGGAUCCGGAUCGAGGGGUGAGGUCGGACUCGGAGGAAGAAGAACCCAAAGGCUCGGCGUCGCCUCACCACAGCUCCAGCGAGUGCAUCCCCUUCGCCGAGGAGGGGAACCUGACCAUCAAGCAGCGGCCCAAGGCCCCGGGGCCCCCCCGCGCCGAGGCCGUGCUGGAGCCCCCGGAGACCAGGACCAGGACCCCGGACCCCCCCGAGUUCAACCUGAAGGAGUCGGACACGGUGAAGCGCCGGCACAAACCCAAGGACAAGGAGCCGGGAGGAGGCUCGCCCGCCAGGGAGGCAGCGAGCAGCAUGAUUUACCCCCCUGUUAGCAGACCUCCGUCCCGGAGCCAGGAGGAGAGGCCCGCCAGUCCGGCGACCGGAUCCCCCAUCAGACCUCCACUCUCCCCAAAACCUGGAGUCGCCCCGAAACCAGUCCGCCACAGUCUGCUGGCAGCACAAGCAGCUGGACUCCCGUCUCCAUCUGUGAGCGUCUGCGUGGUCCAGACUUUGGCCUUCACCUCUGCAUCCUGUCCAUCUUCUCCCGGGCCCCGAGCCCCGGCCCCCCCGGCCCCUGAGAGUCCCUCUCUGGCAGCGGCGAGGCCCCAGGUGUGUGCCGUGGGUCCGGGUCCGCUACCCGAGACACCCUGCGGGACCCAGGUGGUUCAGCAGAGACUGGAUCAGACCAGCACGUCUCUGGCAGCCGCGCUGAAGGCCGUCGAGAGGAAACUGGAGGACAACUCAGACGGGUGAGACAUCAGAGACGUUUCUG